GGGAGGGGAGAAGGGAGCGAGGUGUCUCCUUAGCUCGCUGCCUGUGGCAAGUGGAGUUUUUAAAAAGCUCCAGCAGAUCAUGUCAUGACGACUUCGCUGCUCCUGCAUCCGCGCUGGCCGGAGAGCCUUAUGUACGUCUAUGAGGACAGCGCGGCGGAGAGCGGCAGCGGCGGCGUCGGCGGGGGAGGCGGCGGCGCGGGCGGAGCUGGGGGCGGCUGCAGCGGAGCGAGCCCCGGCAAAGCCCCGAGCAUGGACGGGCUGGGCAGCAGCUGCCCGGCCAGCCACUGCCGCGACCUGCUUCCGCACCCCGUGCUGGGCCGCCCGCCGGCUCCCCUGGGCGCCCCUCAAGGCUCCGUCUACACGGACAUCCCAACCCCGGAGGCAGCACGCCAGUGCGCCCCGCCGCCGGCUCCCCCCACCUCGUCCAGCGCCACCCUGGGCUAUGGCUAUCCGUUCGGUGGCAGCUAUUACGGCUGCCGCCUGUCGCACAACGUGAACCUGCAGCAAAAGCCUUGCGCCUACCACCCCGGCGAUAAGUACCCGGAGCCGUCUGGCGCCCUGCCAGGUGACGACCUGUCUUCCAGGGCCAAGGAGUUCGCCUUCUAUCCCAGCUUCGCCAGCUCCUACCAGGCGAUGCCCGGCUACCUGGACGUGUCGGUGGUGCCUGGGAUCAGCGGGCACCCAGAGCCGCGUCACGACGCGCUCAUCCCCGUCGAAGGCUACCAGCACUGGGCUCUCUCCAACGGCUGGGACAGUCAGGUGUACUGCUCCAAGGAGCAGUCGCAGUCCGCCCACCUCUGGAAGUCUCCCUUUCCAGACGUGGUUCCCCUCCAGCCCGAGGUGAGCAGCUACCGGCGCGGGCGCAAGAAACGCGUGCCCUACACCAAGGUGCAGCUGAAGGAGCUAGAGAAGGAGUACGCGGCCAGCAAGUUCAUCACCAAAGAGAAGCGCCGGCGCAUCUCGGCCACCACGAACCUCUCGGAGCGCCAGGUCACCAUCUGGUUCCAGAACCGGCGGGUCAAAGAGAAGAAGGUGGUCAGCAAAUCGAAAGCUCCCCAUCUCCACUCCACCUGACCGCUUACUCGGCCACCCGCCCCGUCUAUUUAUGUUGCCGCUUUGUACCAUAACCGAACCCACUGAAGGACGCUUCGCCGGUGCAGACGAAUAUUUAAAGUUAACAAGAGAAAGGAACCGCGCAGCCGCCGGGAGGCAGAGAGGAUCCGAGAGCGCGCUCUGCCUCCCCUACUCCCCACCGCAUCUUCACUCCCGCUCCCAUGCAGAUGGGACCUACCCGGCCUCAAGGACUUUGGAAAUGCGUCCGGGUGGGCUGCGCGGGAGGAAGGCUGCCGGCCUCCACUCCCCCUCGCCGUCACCCCUCACCUUGCCAGGAAGCCGAGUGGCAACGAAGAGCCCAGUCAUUCCGACAGAAGCAGGGUUGGGGAACCCCAGAUGACCCCAUACUUGCCUCUUCCUUUGCCCAGGCAGGUUGACGACCCUCCUGAGGGUGCGGCCUCAGCGCAGGACCUGGCUAGCUCAGACUUUCCUUCCAGUUCCUCCUCCUGUUCCCUUUCCCUCCCGCACUCCUUUGUUAGGCAAAAUUUCCCAGUUAAGAUUUUCUGUGCAUAUUUUAAAAGUCGCAUUAAUAUUAAUGAUAAUUAUUAGGGAUCUGGCAUCUUGACUGGAGUACAGACAGCGCAAAGGUCUUCUUUUUUUCCUAUCUGUUUCAACAAAAGCUGGAAUUGGCCCAGGAGCCAUCUACCCCCCACCACUUAACGAAGAAACUAAAUUUCUUGGGAGCCGUCUUUGCCCCCACUGCCUCCUCUGUCCUGCUCUCUAAGUCAACAUGUGGAAAUCCAAGGAGGAUGCAAACUCCAACCCAACGCCUCUCCUAAAUAUGUCCUCUCUCUCUCUCUCUCUCAAUCCCUCUGCCCCCCCCCCCCCAGUCUGUCUGUCUGUCUGUCUGUCUCUGUUUCUGUCUCUCUCUCUCUCUCUGUCUGCGGUAAGGUUGGAGAUCAGGCCAGGUACAGAAGCAGAACUUUUUUCUAAGAAGACAAACUUCUCUUCAACGGGAUGGAGAGUGGGACACCCCCAGAGUCCCUCUCCAGGCGCUUCUCCGUGGCGGCAAUAGUGAAGGAGAGAGACCUCAAGCUCUCGCUUUUAGCUUUUACUGAAUGUCCAGAGGAAAGCAGUUUUCCUCCAGGAGGCCAACAGAACCGCCCCCAAUUAGCCAGCUCAUGUAGGUGCUGCCUACCACUUCCUCCGAGGCCCACUUGGUGCUGGGGCAGGUGGGCUCACCUUCUCCCCUCUCACAGGCGCAUUACAAAACAGUGUUCUUUUGAAAUGUUCAUCAGAAAUAGGCUUUUUAAAAAUGUUGUGUAUCUGUAUAUAGUAUUGUGAUGUCUGAAUGACAAUGUACUGAAUGCAAAAAGAAAAAAAUCUCAUAAAUCUGUUUUUAAAAUAAAGUCUUUUUUUUUUUUUUUGCCUUGA